AUGCUAUUCCAAACCGAAGAAGCGGUUCAGUUACCGGUUCUCGAAACCAUGCUUUCAGAAAGUGAAAUACAAUACCUACUUUCCCUCAUUAACCAAUCAGAAGACCCAGCCAGUCCUAGCUCCGGUUCAAUUGGUUCAAACCGUGCGGAUUACUCCGUGAAAGAAAGAAAGCUUAGGCGCAUGCAGUCGAACCGGGAAUCAGCUCAACGGUCCCGUUACAAAAAGAAGAAGCAUUUAGAGACGGUCGCGAACCGGUUGAACGGGUUGAGAAUUGAAAAUCAAGAACUAAAAAACCAAUUAGCCUUCACCAUGCAUCACCAUCUCCUACUUUCCCUAGAGAAUGACCAGUUACUAUCUGAAUCCGUUGCUCUUUUGGCCACACUUUCAAAUCUUUGUGCCAUUUUAAGCAACUCCAUAUCUUCAUAA